AUGGCAAACCAAGCAAGAGACGAGGAGAGUCAAAAGGGUAGACCCUCAACUCUGCCCUUAUCGACUGCCUCCUCCCAGGAGACCGCGUCCGUCGAAAACGUCUCUGUGACAUCUUCGAUGGAGGACGCUUUCGAACCAAAGUGGCCUCGCUCGUGGCGGGCCUAUGCUUGCUGGCUCGGUUGCUUCUUCCUCAUGUUCAACUCGUGGGGCUUGGUCAACGCCUACGGCACUUUCUCCUCCUACUACGUCGGCAAUUCAUUACGAGACGUGGAUCAACUCGAGCUAAACCUCAUCGGCUCUACUCAAUCAUUCCUCGUUCUGCUCUUCUCAGCACCGGUGGGCAAGCUCCUGGAUGCCGGCCAUUUCCGCUAUGUCGUGGCCACGGGCACCUUCCUCGUGCCUUUUGGGCUAUUCAUGCUCUCGGUGGCUCAUCCGACAGGAGACGCUCCGGCCAGCUUUGGCUCUAUCUGGGCCACUCAAGGCCUGGUAGUUGGCUUGGGCAUGGCUUGCUUCUUCGUGUCUAGCUCUCAAAUCGCUGCUACCUGGUUUCGAAGAAGCAAGUCCCUUGCGGUAGGCGUCGUCGCCUGUGGCGCCAGUAUAGCCGGCGUGGUUUACCCUGCAAUGAUUAGAUUCCUUAUCCGAAAACUUGGUUUCAACAAUGCUGUUCGCGGCGUUGCCGGCCUCGCUGGUGUCACCUGCAUCUAUGCGCUCCUGUUUGCGACCCCCAAUCCUGCUCACGUGCAUCCCAAAUCCCAAAGCUACCGCAAACUCAGCACUUGGAUUGACAAGGAGGCUUUAAACAACAAGGCUUUCUGUUGGUUUACUGCCGCAGUGGCUUUCCUAUUUCUCGGCUUCUACCCGGUUUUCUUUAAUCUUGAAGAGUGGGCUGCAGUGUCCGGCUUAGGUACCCGCGGCGGUAGUCAAACACCCGUCCGACCAUCAGCUCCGACCACCGCACCCAUGCAAACUUACUUCAUGCUCAUGAUCAUGAACGGUGCUUCUACCAUCGGACGUCUUGCUUUCGCCUUCUUCGGCGACUAUACCGGCGCCCUCAACAUGCACAUUGCCACGCAGAUCAUAUCCUCGCUUCUCAUAUACCUCCUCUGGACGCUAGCAGGCUCUACAGCCGCUGCGAUAGCAUUCUGCGUCUUCUUCGGCAUGUUCUCUGGCUCUGUCAUCGGACUCCCGCCUGCCUCCAUGGCCAACAUCCUCAACUGCACAUACACCGAUCCUUCGACCGCGCACUUCGCGCACUCCAAGCUUGGCCAGUGGACUGGCAUGAUGUACAGCGCGGCCGCCAUCCCGGCGCUCAUCGGUCCGCUCAUUGCAGGUCACUUGGUCACCGAGUACUCCACUUACAUCACAGUCCAGCUUUGGUCUGCUACUAGCCUCAUUCUCUCAGCACUGUGUAUGAUCGUUACGAGGUGGUACCUGCCUACUGUGGAGGGCACCCAUAUCAGUACGCAUCUCUAUCGGUUCUUUGGCAAGCAUGACAGGGCAGAUGAUGCGGAGAAGAGGAGACCUAGCCGUGCGACAGUGGACUCGAAGAGGCCUCUCUCGCGAUCGACUACUCGGGUAAACAGUAAAGCUCCAUCACGGCAAAUGUCCGAGGUGAAGAUCGAGACUGCGCCUGAAGCCGCGGUUUUGGCUCCCCAGAGGGAUAUUUGA